GUUUCUCCCACACCGCUUCCUCUUUACAGUGUAGCAUGGAACUUGCGGGGAAGGACGAAGUCUUUGUGGCAGCGAAGAGGUUCCCUUUCCGGGAAAAAAGGAUUCGAACUCGCAGCGAAAGCCAAAUGUGAGCAGCAGCAGAGAAUUGGGUGGGUGUAAAAGGAGGUUCAGCGCAGCCGAAGGAGUCGCUUCAGAUCGCUUCGGAGUAAAUAAGAGUAAACGAUGUUUCCUCGAGCUGACUGACCAAGAAAGUGAACGGAAGCGGCUCUGCAGAAAGGGACUGUAGACUGUGGGCAGUGUUUGUCCUUCCAUGAGGUGGUUGAUUGAUGUGAGGUAGAGAUGAGGACGACAGCUGAGGAAUCAUCAAACAGCAACAACAGUGCUUUGGGUGGUGGCAGCACUGUCCUGCAGCGCCUCCUUCAGGAGCAGAUGAACCGUAAUUACGUGCUGCAACAGCAACAACAACAACAAGGAGGAGUAGCAGGGGGGGGUGGGGGGUACUCAGGACACGGACAGGUUGGCCCCUCUGAUGAUCACUCACUGACCCCCCACAUAGCUCGACAGGAGCCCCAGGGCCAGGAGCUGCAGACAGACAAUGGCCUGGAGAAGUUGGGCUCCACCAGAGUAGGAGGAGGGGUUGGGAGCAAUGGAGGAGGUUUCGGGACUGGGGGAGGGAGAGGUGGCAGCAUUGGAGGGCAAUGCCCAAACCCAGAGGACCUCCCUACCUAUGAGGAGGCCAAAGUACAGUCCCAAUACUUCCGCGGCCAUGGUCCUCUUACUCAGCCACAGCAGCAAAACAACCAGCCUCAGCAGCCUCCUCUCUCAGCCUCAGUGGGUGCUACCUUCUAUGUCACUGGGGUAACCAGCAACAAGGUGCGUACUGAGGGUCGCCCAACUGUGCAACGAGUGAGUGGUGCAGGAAAAGUGCACCAGGAUGAUGGGCUGAAGGAUCUAAAGCAAGGGCAUGUUCGGUCUCUCAGUGAAAGACUUAUGCAGCUCUCCCUAGCCACCAGUGGCGUGAAGGCACAUGCUCCUGUCACAAGUGCCCCUCUCUCCCCCCAGUUAUCCCCACCAGGCCCACAGAGUGACUUCUACAAGCCGCAGCAUCGUGGCCCCCCUCCAGACUACCCCUUCAAAGGAAUUGGCUCACCUUCAAAGCAGCAGGAACCUGGAGGCCAUUUUUACCAGGAGCAAAGAGGGAGGGAGCACUCAAGGGAGCUGCUUCCUGUCCGAUACCAGCCACCACCUGAGUAUGGUUCAUUCAGGUCCAGUAAGGAUGGUUCGCUUCACUCCCAGAGGCCCCUUCACCAACACAGUCCCACAUCCUCUGUCACCUCGGUGGGCUCCCUGUCCCGUGCUCAGUCCACCCUCAGCAGCACGCUCGGUGCCUCCCACUCUUCCCAUAUUUCCUUUCAUCACCAGCACCCCCAGAACCAUGGUGAGCCUUUCCAUUGCAUUGGGCCCCGCAGUGCACAGAGUCCUAGUAUGCAACAUGCAAGUGAGCCCUUGAACUUAGGGACGAUUCAUCCACCCCUACAGAGAGUUCAUGGUUUCCCACAUGACCCCUAUGGCUCUACCCCAAGGAUGCACCAUCAGCAACAGCACCAUCAGUAUCAUCAUCAUCAUCAGCAGCAGCAGCAGCAGCAGCAGCAGCAGCAGCAGCAGCAGCUGCAAGGACACUUCCAGCUGCCAGUCCAAGCUGGACAUUUUCCCCAUCCGGACUCCUACUCCCAACUGCAGGGAGAGCCCUUUGCCAUGAUGGCACGUACCCACCAGGUGGUGGAUGUGUUGACGGAGGAGAACAGGAUGUUGAGGCAGGAGAUGGAGACGUGUCGUGAGAAAGUCACCAAGUUGCAUAAGUUGGAAACAGAGAUCCAGCUGGUGUCUGAGGCCUAUGAAAAUCUUGCCAAGUCCUCCUCCAAGAGAGAGGCCCUGGAGAAAACUAUGAGGAACAAGCUGGAGCUGGAGGUGCGCCGGCUGCAUGACUUCAACAGGGACCUCCGAGAACGUAUGGAGACGGCCAACAAACAACUUGCUGCUAAAGAGUUUGAUGGCUCAGAGGACAGUCGCAAAACCAUCUCCCAGCUGGUCACACAGAACAAAGAAACACUUCGUGAGAAGGAGAAGCUGGAGAUGGAGGUGAACUCACUGCGCUCCACCACUGAAGAUCAAAGGAGACACAUUGAGAUCAGAGACCAGGCACUCAACAAUGCUCAGGCCAAGGUAGUCAAGCUGGAGGAGGAGCUGAAAAAGAAGCAGGUUUAUGUUGAGAAAGUGGAGAGGAUGCAACAAGCCUUGGGUCAGCUUCAGGCAGCUUGUGAGAAGAGGGAGCAACUCGAGCAUCGUCUCCGUACGAGACUGGAAAAGGAGCUCGAGUCAUUGCGCAUGCAGCAGCGUCAGGGAGCCUCUCACAGCAGUGGUGGGGUCCCAUCUGAGUACAAUGCCACAGUGCUGAUGGAACACCUAAGGGAGAAGGAGGAGCGGAUCCUGGCUCUGGAGGCCGACAUGACCAAGUGGGAGCAGAAAUACUUGGAGGAGUGCGUGAUGAGGCAGUUUGCAUUGGAUGCCGCCGCCUCUGUCGCCACGCAGAGGGAUACAUCUGCAUCAAUGAUCAACCACUCUUCCAACAGCAGCUAUGAUACAUCAUUAGAGGCUCGAAUCCAGAAGGAAGAAGAAGAGAUUCUCAUGGCCAAUCGGCGCUGUCUGGACAUGGAAAGCAGGAUAAAGAAUCUGCAUGCCCAGAUCAUAGAAAAGGAUGCCAUGAUCAAGGUGCUCCACCAGCGCUCAAGGAAGGAGCCCAUCAAGUCAGACCUACCGUCUGCAAUGAGGCCCUCCAAGUCCCUGAUGUCCAUCUCCAACAGUGGCUCUGGUGGAUCAGGACUGCUCUCUCACAGCUUAGGACUGAGUAGUUCGCCCAUCACUGAAGAACGCAAGGACACUUGCUGGAAAGGCAGUCUGGGGCUUCUGCUGGGCCCUGAGUUUCGUACAGAGUCUCUCAGGACAGAAUCAAUCUCCUCAUCCCCCUCCCCAGUGCUUCCCUCCAGCCCGAUGACCACAAGCCAUUCAAAGACGGGCAGCAGGGACAGUUGCACGCAGACCGACAAGGGUCAAGGUCAGGAUACCAGCAAGCCCAGCACUCCAGCAGUUCAGAGCAUGACACUGCCUGCCCGCCUUUCCAGCCCCGGUCCCAUCUACAUCCCUGACCGCAUAGCAGAUGUGGCGGCGUUUCAAAGCAGCACCCUGGAGCGGAGGCAACCUGUCCAGUCCCACCUACAGCUACAGCUCCACCAAUUAAAUCCAUCCAUCCAACAGGAACUGGACAAUGACAUGGUGGAGAUCCUCAUCUGAUGUGAUGACCUCUCGAAGAAAACAUAUAAAUGAAGAUGGCAGUUAAAUUAGAACAAACUCCUAAACUUGAGUGGAAGUUUAUGGCCUUAUAUUUAUCUUUAUAACUGUGAUGGUGAUAAUGAACUUAGGGACUUAUGUUUGAAGUUUAAUGAAAGUCUUUGAGAGUUUUCAUUCCUUUUGUAUUCUUGAAAAAGGUGAAAGGAAUAAUGAGAUUGAAUUUAAACAGGGUAUUUCCUGGCUGAAAAUUAGGCAGAGGUGGUACCGUCAGACCUUGCAGGGGUGGGGGAGCCAUGCACAGCUCCACUUCCCUGCCACAGCGCCACCAAGCCAUGGGCAGACACCCAGGGAGCGAUAAACAGCUCCACUAAGUCCGCUUACAGUGUUCAUUUUGGGUCUUUUCAUAUAUGUGUGUACCGUAAAAUAGUUAUAUUUUACAGUUGUCUCUGUCAGUAAUUUACUGCCCCUCUCUGUAUCUCUAUCAUUUGCACUGUGCACUGCCUACCGAAUCAAGCAAAACUGAGCCGUCCUGCCAUCUCUCGAGGCUCUCCAUACAUUGCCGAAGUACACAAAUUCUGUUGUUUUCACCCAGUCUAAGUUUACACAUGGGUCUAAAAUAUUUCUUUCUUUGUUAGUAUUGCAUGAGUCACAGUGGUUGGAGACCAAAGUUUUGUUAGAAUGCAAUACUUUUUGACCUAGGGGAUUGUCAUAAACCAUAAUACUUUCAGCAGAUUUUAAGAAUUUUUUAGAGGCUUACCAUCUAGCAUUUUUCUUUCAGAACGUGCAAACAAUGCCUAGAAAUUAGUCUAAACAAAGCAGCUUGUUAUUUGAACAUGUGACAGAUCUGUAAACUAUCUCAUGCAGUGUUGCUGGAGGCUGGUUAGCUCCUUUGGACCAAAUGUCUUGGCUGCCUUUUUGUUGCAUUUAAUUGCACUAAUUAUCUUUGAAGUGUUUAUUUUUAGCUAUUUUAAUUCUUUAUUACUUCUGACAUUAGGUAUUGUAUUUAUAUGUAAUGUAUUACUGUAGUUAGACAGCACUUGCAUAAUCAGAAAUGGUGUCAAAUAUAAAACAUUAAUUGUAUAUAUAGUUUUACAUAAUGUAUGUACUAUAUUGGUCUUUGUAACUGUGUGACAUGGUGGAAUCUGAGAGUUGAACCUUACAGUUGUGUUACAUUUCAAGAACUGUUAGUGAGAUGUGAUAACGCCUUUAUGAUAGAAGACCUAUUUUUGGUGCAAAAUAACCUCAAGAUAAAGUGCUGCAUGGAUCAGUGUGCAUAGCCCUGAUGGUUCCUCCUGAAACAGCCCCCGACCAAUAGAUGUAGUUGGUCGGUCACAGAUCGUCUCAAACAGGCAAAUCCUGAUGCAGAGGUAACCAUGUAAAGGAGGGAAGUUUGAGUGUUUUGGAAAGGUGACCACUGGGACUCUCUGCGCCAAGGUUGCUGCCUACAUGACCUACUGGUUUGGGGCACUGUCAAGUGACAGAGACUCUGUAUGUAAUGAAUUCAGUAUUUCACUUACCCUUGUUAAACAACAGUAUGGAGGAUAUUUGCUUUUAGUAUGAUGCACGUAAUGGCACAAAACUGACAAAUGUACACUUUAUUAUUAAUACGGCACUUAUGUGACCGUACCUACUACCCACAUGACUUGUCAGUAUAAUCAUUUUUUUUUUAUUCAUUCAAAUAAACACCAGCCCUGGCACUGUUACGCAGUGUUACACUAUGUCUGCUCCUCCAUCAGAAUAUUAAACAUUUCUGUUGUGUUAUCAGAUAAAGACAAUCUACUUUACACUAUGCAUUAUAUAAUGCUUUGUUGACCAGAGGUCACAGAAUGGAUUCAAAUCUGCAGACAAAAUUAUUCUGUAAACUCAAGAAGAGCUCAAUCCUCAUAUGUUCAUAUUUCAGUCAGAUGAAAUAAUGUUCAAGUCCCUCUAAAAACUUCAAGAUAUUAGCAGGAAAUUAUAGUUUUUUUUAGUGGUGACUGGUAACCUGGUUGACCUAUUCCAGGAUACAAUGUAGCAAUAUAUUUUUAAUGUGUGUGGUUAAAUAUUUCGAAUUAGGUUUAUAUAUUCGAAUGAAAUAUUUCCACUGAAAACCAAACAUUUUUGACCAAAUAAGCUAUGAAUGGUCAGCCAAUGAAUGUUUCAAAUUUAGAUGGUCAGUAGUAGCAUUUCAUUGCGAAAUUACCUGAUGAAAUAAGGACUCAGACCACUACUUAACCUCGUCAUCCAAAAUUAUGUUAUUUUUUUCUCAACAGAAAUCCACAUUCCUCCAGUGAGAUCAUGUGAAAAUCAAGUUGCUUUCCCUUUCGCGUACAGAAUAUGCAGCAACCUGUAAUUUGAGUGAAACAUGUUUAUUGCUUACAUCACAUUUUAGCUCACUGUUGUAUCCAUCGCCGUUUUAGUAUUGGUUAAUAAAUAUGUUGACAAAUGUUGCCAUUACUAGCA